UAAUAAAACUUUUGUUAUUGGUUAUAUUGACCAGAAAUACGUAUGCUUAUUGCAAUUUGAAAUGUUUGUAUAUAUAAACAAUUAAGUCGCAAAUUUCUAUAACAUUUUUCGUAAUUAUUUAGUCAUAUACAAAAAGUCAUUAGUACUUGUGUUUGACCAGCAGAGGUCUGUAACAUUAUUUUAGCUCCUGAAUGAAAAUUGACAUUACGUCUUUUGUAUCGAUGAUCUUUUGACAAGAAGGACUUGUCUAUGGAAAGAACAAAAACAUCUAUGGGAAAAAAAUGGAAAAGUUAUGUUUGGACGUGUAAAAAUUGUUACCGGCCUUAAUGAACUGUUUUGUGUUUUAACAUUAAUAUUUGAACUGUACUAGUUAAGCACAAUCAAUUCUGAUCAAUGGUAAAAUGUAGUUUUUUGACGGCAGAACUAAUUUCGUGUAAUUAAGGCUAUAAGUAAUACUUGUUAUUUUGAUCAACAUAAAAAUAUUAGCAGAUAAAUUGAAUCAAAAUGCGCAUUCACUGGUUUUCUCGAACUUCACGAAUUGUGGCACUGUGUAGUUUUGCAAAUUUCAUUAACAGUGCAGAUAGAGUAAUCAUGCCAAUUGCUAUCAUUCCUAUGACGGAUAAGUUUCACUGGUCAUUACAUGCUCAGGGGUGGAUUUUAUCAGCGUUUGCUUGCGGUUAUUUCACAAGUCAAUUGUUAGGUAGUUUCUGGGCAUCAAAAUUGGGGGCCAAAAAUAUUUUAAUAUUUAGUGUACUGUUGUGGAGCAUAUCUACAUUUAUAACACCCCUGUUAGCCCAUAGUGUUGUGCUGCUAGUAAUAUGUCGGAUUUUGUUAGGUUUUGCUGAAGGAUUAGGACUGCCCACUAUUUUUCAUUUGUUUGCUCACACGAUACAAGUUGAAGAAAGAAGCAGGGCAUUUGGUUACCUAUUAGCUGCCGGAUCUGCAGGCCAAACAGUAGCAUCCAUUAUAUGCCCCCAUCUACCAUGGCAAUCAUCGUUUUAUUGGUUUGGUUCAUUAGGAUUAAUGUGGAUAUUAUUGUGGGUUGUAUUUUAUCCAGGGAGUGGGUUUGUUCCAGAAAAUACGCUUCCUCUUCAUAUGCCAAAGGCUGCAUCAUCGAAAAAAAUUCGAUGGUCAGACUUCAUAAUUAAUAAACCACUGUGGGCGAUUUAUGGGGCCCAUUUUGCUAUGAAUUGGUCAUCUUAUAUUAUCAUGCAAUGGCUACCGACUUACUUGUCCCGUCAUCUACAAGCCGAUUCUCAUUCUCUUUCUCUUACAGCACUUCCUUACAUAGUCCACUCUGUUUUUGGUGUUUUAAGUGGUCACAUUGCUGAUGGAUUGCUUUUUAAAGGUUGGUCUGUACUAAGUGUUCGUCGUUUAAUGACGUGCAUAGGUCUUGUCGGUCCUGGUCUGUUUUUGGCGAUAUUCUGCGUUGUUAACGAACUUCCUUUAGCUCUAAUACUGGUAUCAAUUUCUAUGGGCUUCCUUGCAUGCAAUUCAGCUGGACACCUUUCGAACCAUGUGGACGUGGCUCCGAAUCAUUCGGGAACAACUUUCGCAAUCAGCAGCACCAUAGCUACAAUUCCUGGCAUCCUUUGCGGUCCCGUUACAGCUGCAUUAGUUGUCGCACACGAUGGCAAAUGGUUGGCCGUCUUCUUGAGUGCGACUUUCGUGAACUUGUUCGGUGCUUUUGUGUAUUUUAAGAACAGCCUUGCCACGCAAGUCAUUUAAAUUUUAUGAAAAAAUAAGUUGUAAAACUCUUGACAUUCACAACUUGCAUUAUAGAAAUAUGAAGCAAGUUGUCGGUUAAAAAGAAAAUUGAAAUUUGCUUAUCGUUAAUUAAAACCUGUAGGAAGAGAAGGUGAAAAGAAUUCCCUCGUGAUAAUUAGUAUUUGACGAAUUAAGGACACCAUAAUAUUAUGGGAUUAGGAUGGAAGGUGAUGUUUAAUGUUUAGUGACAGUCAGAGAUAUUAAUUACCAUUUGUGAAAGUGUUAAACUGAAAGGUUUGGAAAUAUGUCCUUUUUAAUAAUCCUUUUAAAAUCAGGAA